AAGAAAAAGAAAAGUAGGAGAACAGAACCCAAGAACCCCCAAUUCUGUCUGCUCUUUCUGAUAGGUCUUUCGAUCAUUGGUACUCAGAUCUAAUUACUAAUUUCCCAAUCAGAAUCCAUCUCUCCCUAAAUUUCUCAGAAACCCCAAAUCCGAUUUCCCAUCAAUUCUAUCUGUAAGUCAAUCUCUUUCUUCCCUGCUACUCCGUCGACAUCUAUAUUUAUCGCCUAUACAUACACAUACAUACAUACACACAAUUUUUUUUUUAUCGAGCGUGUAUGUAUAUAGUGAUAAACGCAAAUGGAUAGCAAUUACGCCAAAUUAGAGGUGAAAGACGGCAGCUUUCAAUCCAAAACUUCAUCUCUGAGAUUGAUUUCGCCCGAUCACGAAAACGGGUAUUCGAACCCACCCAAUGCAGAUGAUUUCGACGCCGAUUUCGACGAUUUGCCCCUUAUUUUUGGUGAAGAAAGAAAACCCGGGUCGGGUAUUUCUAGCGCUGUUUUCAAUCUCACCACCUCCAUUAUUGGGGCUGGCAUCAUGGCUCUCCCCGCCACAAUGAAAGUUUUGGGUCUGGUUUUAGGUCUAAUCUUGAUUUUUUUAAUGGGGGUUUUAUCCGAAAUUAGUGUCGAAUUAUUAGUCCGAUUUUCGGUCCAGUGUAAGGCAACCUCGUACGGCGAAGUUGUCGAGGCUGCAUUGGGCAGAACAGCCAAGACGUUGUCAGAAAUUUGCAUAAUCGUUAACAAUGCCGGUGUGUUGGUUGUGUAUUUGAUCAUAAUCGGAGACGUUUUAUCGGGUUCGCUUCGUCACAUUGGGGUUUUCGAUCAGUGGUUAGGGCACGGGUUUUGGGAUCAUAGAAAGAUUGUAAUUUUAGUAGUUCUUGUUCUUUUUCUCGCACCGCUCUGCACUUUGGAUAAGAUCGACUCGUUGAGCAUGACGUCAGCAGCCUCCGUGGCGCUGGCAGUAGUGUUCGUAAUUGUCGUGGUUAUCGUAGCUCUUAUAAAACUAGUCGAGGGAAAAAUUGAGCCACCGAGGAUGUCCCCGGAUUUCGGAUCCAAGAAAGCCAUUCUCGAUUUGCUUGUGGUCAUUCCUAUAAUGUCGAACGCUUAUGUGUGCCACUUCAACGUUCAACCUAUAUACAACGAGCUCGAGGGGCCCACCCCUCGUAAAAUGUACCGAGUGGGUAGGAUAACAACCCUUAUAUGCGUAUUGGUGUACGCAUCAACUGCAGUGGCGGGGUAUCUUCUCUUUGGAAAAGAUACCGAAUCCGAUGUGCUAACUAAUUUUGAUAAGGAUCUUGGAAUUAGGUUUAGUUCGGCUUUGAACUACAUUGUUCGAAUCGGUUACGUUCUUCAUUUGGUUCUUGUUUUCCCCGUGAUUCAUUUUUCGUUGAGACAAACGGUGGACAGUUUGGUCUUCGAAGGGUUGAAUCCCUUGUCGGAGAGUAGGAAGAGGUGCUUGGUGUUGACUUUGGUGCUUUUGGGGCUUAUAUAUCUCGGCUCGACUAUGAUACCGAAUAUUUGGACGGCGUUUAAGUUUACGGGGGCGACGACAGCUGUCUCGUUGGGUUUCACAUUUCCGUCGCUAAUUGCGUUGCGGUUGAGCAAAGAGAGAAACGGUUUGAGCUGUGUGGAGAGGUUUCUUUCUUGGCUGAUGUUGACUUUGGCGAUCAUAGUUAGUGUUGCUGGAGUCGGAGGCAAUAUUUACAGCCUGAAAAGCCAAUCUGAAUGACCCUGUUCUUCGGGUUUUUGUUUCGGAAAAAAGGGUAAUUUGGUAAAUAUCGAAGAAGUUACGAUUCGAUGAGCCUAUGAUCUAUGAGAGCAAACAUGUGACCCGCAGAAAUCACAUGUAAGUUUGUUCCUGAAUAAAUAAAUGUUAGUAGUAUCUUAGAAAUUGAGACUUUGUAUCAUUCUUUAAAUUUUUUCUAUUUCCUUUUUUGCCCCUUUUCGAAAACUAUAAAAAUUUUGCUUUCUUAUUUCCCGGUUCGGUACCUUACCUUAUAGUGACGAUUCUUCUGUACAAUUUGACUCUGAUGAUUUAAAGAUCUGUUUUGUUCGUGC